GCAGUGAAAUUGUAAAUGAUCUGCGGAUUGAAGGACAGUAAACAGAGUGGAAAUCCAUCCGGUCUGUCCUCGGACGACCUGCGCCACACAGCACACACGUUCAUGACGCGGCGAGCCAGUCAUCGCGCGGUAUUGUACGCAGCACCGCCACAACCACCACGACACGCAAUUCAUGGUGGUGCAGCAGGAACCGUGGAUAGCCGUGUCGAUCAAUACCCACUACAGCACGUGCAUCCUUGGUGAAUCAACAUGGGUAGUAGGGGAGAGACAACUCCACCAUCAUCCCGUCUCGUGUUCCACCCCAGGUCGGUCUGCUACAGUAGAACAUCACAGCGAUACAUACGCCCUGAGUACUGGUUUACCUGCGGACACACGUGUGCACGCCCCAGCCUCCUUUGACCUAGUCUACCGACCGAAACCAGAUGCCCGCAAACACGUUUCACCACUUCCUUCACCUCGAGUGAUGGCUGAGCGCCAGCACUGCAACCCCUCUUCCUCUACAACGCCUCACUUCUCCUCGAGAGGACCUCGAGAGGGCAGACACAUUGUGGAUCGUGAGCGAUCAGCAGACCGCGUAGCAGGCAUUGGCAUCAUGGCUUUCGUACAAGAGCAUACCCGGCAAGGGUGUCGGGAAGAGCGACGAACGAGCCUCUGUAGCGUCACCAUCUCAGCAAACAUCGAAAAUUGGAGAGGAUGGCAAAGGGAGGGAAGCCACGCGAACGUAGAUCGUUGACCGGCUCCGACUGCCAAUCAUUCCCCCGUAGGAGAGACAUCCGAAUCAAGGUCCGAGAUGUUGAUCUAUUUCUCAUGGGCCUCCCGCGAAGCCCGACGAGGAGCUCCACGUGUCGGCACCAAAGACCCCGUAGAACCGUCUUGCCU